AUGGGAUUAUUUAUAGACGAAAAGAAGAAGAUGGAGACGAACCCUAAGAGAGAGACGACGCAAAUCAUGACGGCGAUGGCGAGGAGUCCCGUGGUCAAGCAGGUGGGGAAAUUUGCCUCUGGAUUCAAAUGGAUUUCUUUCGGAUAUCUUGCUUACUGCAUCACUGCUUCGUCUAGGUUGCGUAAAAACAGUUCGGAGUUGGAUAGAGCUCUGGCGCAUAACAAAGCCAAGUUGAUCAAGCGCCUCAACCUAAAUUAGUUUUUAUGUCUGCGAUGAGCCUUUAUGUUUGAGAGAUGUUCAUCAAAUAACUGCUUUGUAUGCGACCUUUUACUGUGGUGUAUUUAAAACUAAAAAGUUGAGACGUGAAUGUUUAAAUGAGCUUGACCUUUAUUUC